AGCCGAUUGAUCAGAGCAGGUGUAGUUAGUCGAUCGAUCUCAUGUCACCUGCAGUCGAAAACGUCAAUGACUUGACGGCGCUGGUACAUCUCGACGAAGAGUCCAUUCAGAGGACACUGGAGCUGCGGUUCCAGGAAAACCAGAUCUACACAACCACGGGGUCCAUCCUCGUCGCGUUGAACCCGUUCGAGCGAUUGCCGCUGUACGCUUCAGCGACCAAGGACGCGUACAUUGCUCAUGGCGAUCGAGUCGCCGCGGGCGAAAAGCUGGGCAAGAUGCCACCGCACGUGUACACGGUCGCGGACAAAUCGUACCGGGACAUGCGAACGUCCAGCCGGCCGACCUCGGCCGACGACGCGCUGCCAAACCAAAGCAUCCUCGUGAGCGGUGAGUCGGGCGCGGGCAAGACGGAGACGACCAAGAUCGUUAUGGAGUACUUGGCGUCCGUGUCGGCAGAGGCCACGCACGACACGUCCGUGGACCACGACGCGGUGCGGAAUCGCGUGCUCGAGUCGAACCCGAUUCUGGAAGCGUUUGGGAACGCCCGGACGAACCGCAACAACAACAGCAGUCGGUUCGGCAAGUUUAUCCGGCUCGGAUUCAACACGUCGGGCGUGCUGCUGGGCGCGUCCAUGUCAACCUACCUCCUCGAGCGCGUCCGGCUCGUGUCGCAGGCCAAAGGCGAGCGCAACUACCACAUCUUUUACGAACUGGUGCGUGGGGGCGCGCCGGACCUUGUCGCAGAUUUAGGGCUCACCGCGUUGGCCGAUUUCAAGUACUUGAACCAAAGCGGGUGCUAUGACCGGCAUGAUGGCGUGGACGACGCCGACCAGUUCACAAAGACCACCCAUGCCAUGACUACGAUCGGUAUGAGCGACGACGAGCAGACGGCGGUUAUGCACCUCGUGGCGGCCGUGCUUCACUUGGGAAAUUUGAAGUUUGAAGCUGUGCCAGGCCACGAAAACAACGCGAGUCGCCUUGUGGGGGGAUCACCCGCCACCACUCAUUUGUGCAACCUCCUCGGCGUAACCAUUGACAGCCUAGAGAAGAGCUUGUGCACGAGGGCAAUCAAGACUGGCCGGGAGACGGUGACGGCGUCCCUAGACGUCAAGAAGGCGGACGAUUGCAAGGAAGUGCUGGCAAAGACGAUCUACGGUCGGCUGUUUGAGUGGCUCGUGGACCGCAUCAAUGACUCGAUGAACUACGAAGACACGAGCGUGCCCGAUGUGGACCCGACGCUUCGGUUCAUUGGCAUUGUCGACAUCUUUGGGUUUGAGAUCUUCCCCGUCAACAGCCUCGAGCAGCUGUGCAUCAACUUUGCCAACGAAAAACUCCAGCAACUGUUUACCAAGUACGUGUUUGAGAUGGAGCAAGACGAGUACAAGGCCGAGCAGAUUCCAUGGACAGAUAUUGCCUUCCCCACCAACCAACUCGUCCUCAACCUGUUUGAGUCUCGCAACGGUCUAUUCAAACUGCUGGACCAGCAGUGUAUCUUAGCUACGGGCACGGACGCCGCCCUCGUUCGGUCAUACUAUAAUGCAUUUGCCAUCCACCCGAGCUUCACGGCUACGAAACUCCAGCAAGGUCGGCACCUCUUUAGCGUACUGCACUACGCGGCGCCGGUAGUGUACACUGUGGACGGAUUCUGCGAUAAGAACAAGGAUCACAUCCACGACGAAGCGAUUCAGCUGCUCUCGAGCUCGGCGGAUACGUUUGUGAACGGUAUAUUUCAAGACUACUUUAUGCUGCAGGUGGUGGAGGACACACCCUCGGCGGUGAAUCCGAACCGUCCGCGGCGGUCGUCGGGCAUCAUGAGCUCGUCCGUGGUGAUGAAAUUCCAGCGCCAGAUGGGCAACAUGCUCGAGGUGUUGCAGGCCACGUCUUUGCACUUUAUCCGGUGCAUCAAACCAAACGACGAGCUCACGCCCCUCGCGUACGACCACCCGCGCGUUCUAGAGCAACUGCGCUGCAGCGGCGUCGUCCAAGCCGCCCAGAUUUCCCGCACGGGGUACCCGAUCCGAUUUCCCCACGCCUCGUUUCAGUGGCGGUACCGCGUGCUGUGUCCCAUGAAGCUGCCGCCCACGAUGAUGGUGCCGUUCUUGGUCAACACGUUCCACCUCGUCGACCCAGCCGACCCCCGCCCCCCCAUCCAAGUCGGAUUGUCCAAGGUCUUUCUUGUGUUUUCCGCCUACGAGACCCUCAACCGCGAGUCCGACCGGCGGCUGGCGCGGUCCGUCGUCACGAUUCAAAAGAUGGCGCGGGGCACGCUGGUCCGGCGUUGGGUCAAGCGCGAAACGGCGCGGGUUGUGGUCGUCCAGUCGCUUAUUCGGCGGUUCCUCGCCAAGAAAAUGCUCCUGCGGCUGCGGGCCGCCGAGCGCCGCCGCCAACAGGAACAGGCUGAAGAACUCGUUCGCCAGAAACUUGCUCAAGAAAAACAAGCCCAAAUCGAACGGGAUCUUCAAGCGGCAGCUACUGCUACUGCAGCGUUAUUAGUGGCCAAGCAACGGGAAGCAGACGCGCUCGCAGCCAAGCAGAAACAAGACGACGACGAGAAAGAAGAACGCGCUCAGGCAAGUGCUGCCGCCGCCGCCGCCAUGGCCAUCCCUUCGAAAGAGGACGAGCCGUCGGCAUCGCCGCCAGUUGUCCCCGUGGUGGCCACAAAUCCACCUUCGGGUCGUGGUCGAUCAUCGUAUUUCAACCCGCAGAUCUCGUUCGAACAGUUUGACGACGACGAAGAAGAGUACGAGGUCAAGUGGGAGCAAGGGAUGCUGGGGCUGUACUUUGGCAAGGACGACGUGAGUGGCCUUCCCGUCGUGCGCCGCAUCCACGUGCACCUGAGCCAGUGCCGCGAUAUCCGCAACGUUCGCGUACACGACCUGCUGCUCCAAGUGGGAGCCAAGCGGCUGGGGGGGCAUGAAACGCUGCGGCAGACGCUCGAGUACCUCGGCAGCAUCCCCAAACCAGUGGUGAUGGUGUUCCAGCGCAACGGCCACGAAACCGCACACGAGUUGGCCGACAACGAGUUUGAAGUGCUCUGGGGCAAGAACGAACCGCUCAAAGUGAGUUUUCGCAUGUCUAUGGACCACCAGAUGCCGUUCGUGAGCAACGUGCUGAGCCAGGUUUUCGUCCCCACUGCUCAAGUACGCAGUGGCGACCUCCUCACGCACAUCAACGACAAACCCACCCUCCAAAAGUCGCAGGUCGAAGUGAACCGCAUGCUCACCCAAGAGCCCAAGCCCUGUGUGCUGCGCUUUCGCCGCCUCGAGCCUGGUUCGGAACCCGUACCCCGCAGCCACCGCACUAGUUAUACUGACUAUUCGUCCACUAAGAGUUUAGCGGAAACCAUGAGCUUUGCAGGCAGCGUGGGCAGCAGCAGCAGUUUCCGCGGCAGCAACGUGUCCGUGAUGACAGUGCCGACCCAGUACUCUAUUACGUGGCAAGCUGACGACGGUCCGUUGGGGCUGGUGAUUGCGCCCCGCCUGGAAAACUACAUUGAGGUGGUGCAAGUCAAGGACGAAGGCGCGGCGUACGCGGCUCGGCAGCGCCACCAAGUGUCCAAGGGGGACCUGAUGCUGUACGUCAACCACGACGAUAUCCGCGACCUCGGGUUCCAGCGGGCGAUGCAUAUCCUCAAGACCGCGCCAAAGCCCCUCGUGCUCACGUUCCAGAAGGGUUCGUCGCAGCCGCCGCCACCGUCGACCAACACCACUGGCUACAGUGUGCAUCGAGCCAGCGCAUCACAUUAAUUCACCAUGUAAUUUAUACCGGCCUUGACUUUGCA